UCAGACGCCCUGGGCGCUCGGGCCGAGCGGGCGGCAAGCUGGGGGGAUGCGCUCCUUCAAGGCUCUACAGAAUUCGCUGAGCAGGGCUGGCAGUCACUGCCGGCGGGGAGGCUGGGGUCACCUGAGCCAGAAGAACCCUCUCCUUACCUGGGGCGUCCGGCACCACCUCAGUGAGGCCGCGGCGCAGGGCAAGGAGACGCCGCACAGCCACCAGACGCAGCAUCAGGAUCAGAGGAGCAGGGAGCAGUUCUCAGGUUCCUGUCCUUCUCCCCUGUCUCUGCCUCCAAACAGUGACUCUUCAGAGAGUGGCAUGCUGUCCCGUCUGGGUGACCUGCUCUUCUACACUAUUGCUGAGGGACAGGAACGAAUCCCUAUCCACAAGUUCACUACUGCGCUGAAGGCCACCGGACUGCAGACGUCAGAUCCCCGGCUCCGGGACUGCAUGAGCCAGAUGCGCCGCAUGGUUCAAGAGUCCAACAGUGGUGGCCUCUUGGACCGAGAUCUUUUCCGAAAGUGUGUGAGCAGCAACAUUGUGCUACUGACUCAGGCCUUCCGAAAGAAGUUUGUUAUUCCUGAUUUUGAGGAGUUCACGAGCCACGUGGACCGCAUCUUUGAGGAUGCCAAAGAGCUCACUGGAGGCAAGGUGGCAGCCUACAUCCCUCAGCUGGCCAAGUCAAAUCCAGACCUGUGGGGCGUCUCGCUGUGCACUGUGGAUGGUCAACGGCACUCCGUGGGCCACACAAAGAUCCCCUUCUGCCUGCAGUCCUGCGUGAAGCCCCUCACAUAUGCCAUCUCCAUAAGCACCCUAGGCACGGACUACGUGCACAAGUUCGUGGGCAAGGAGCCCAGCGGCCUGCGCUACAACACGCUCUCCCUCAAUGAGGAAGGAAUCCCCCAUAACCCCAUGGUCAAUGCUGGUGCUAUUGUCGUGAGCUCCCUGAUCAAGAUGGACUGUAACAAAGCAGAAAAGUUUGAUUUUGUCUUGCAAUAUCUGAACAAAAUGGCUGGGAAUGAAUACAUGGGUUUCAGCAAUGCCACAUUCCAGUCAGAGAAGGAAACGGGGGAUCGGAAUUAUGCCAUCGGUUAUUAUCUAAAGGAAAAGAAGUGCUUUCCUAAAGGGGUGGACAUGAUGGCUGCCCUUGAUCUCUACUUCCAGCUGUGCUCUGUGGAGGUGACCUGUGAAUCGGGCAGUGUCAUGGCAGCCACCCUGGCCAACGGUGGGAUCUGCCCCAUCACUGGAGAGAGCGUGCUGAGCGCGGAAGCCGUGCGCAACACCCUCAGCCUCAUGCACUCCUGCGGCAUGUACGACUUCUCGGGCCAGUUUGCCUUCCAUGUGGGCCUGCCAGCCAAAUCAGCUGUGUCAGGAGCCAUCCUCCUGGUGGUACCCAACAUCAUGGGGAUGAUGUGUCUAUCACCUCCACUGGACAAGCUGGGGAACAGCUAUAGAGGGGUCAACUUCUGCCAAAGGUUGGUGUCUCUCUUCAAUUUCCACAACUAUGAUAACCUGAGGCACUGUGCUCGGAAAUUAGACCCACGGCGUGAAGGGGGAGAAGUCCGGAACAAGACUGUGGUGAACCUCUUAUUUGCUGCCUCUAGUGGAGAUGUCUCAGCUCUUCGAAGGUUUGCCUUGUCAGCUAUGGACAUGGAACAGAAAGACUAUGACUCCCGCACCGCCCUGCACGUUGCUGCUGCUGAAGGACACAUUGAAGUUGUUAAAUUCCUGAUUGAGGCCUGCAAAGUGAAUCCUUUUGUCAAGGACAGGUGGGGCAACAUCCCCCUGGAUGAUGCUGUGCAGUUCAACCACCUGGAGGUGGUGAAACUGCUCCAAGACUACCAGGACUCAUACACACCAUCUGAGACUUGGGCUGAAGCUGCAGCUGAGGCCCUGUCCAAAGAGAACUUAGAGAGCAUGGUUUGAGCAUGGGGCAUGCAUGGUCCCUGCCCAAGAAAAAGCACAAGCUGGCCACACACUUAACAUAUAACCACCAAACAUGCUACGGAGGGCCGCACUGCUUCAGUGGGGACCAGGACUAAGGCCAGUGCUUUUUGUGAAAGAGUCAAAAUACCCCAUUCCCUUGGCAGAAAGAGUAUAGAGAAGUGCCUUUGUGGACACCUGCAGUACAGCUAUCUGCAAAGAUUGUGGGCUUCUUAAAAGUACAGACUAACGGCUUAGCCCACUCCAGAUCAUCCCAGGUCUUCACGCAGGUCCCCUGUUCUCUCCGAAGAAGCCAUUCUGAGAGACAGUCUGGUGGAGGGGCUCUAGCCACAUCACACGUGUAUAUAUACACAGAAGAGGGAGCUAUGUACCAGGCUUUAGUAGUCUGGAGACUUCCCCCUUGGCCAGAAGUGCUGCUGCUACUGCUAAUAGCAAUUUUAUAGACAAAGAAAGUAUUUUGUGCUCAAAUAAACUUUAAUUACACAAAUUA